CCAUUUUAUUUGACAGACCUAAUCCAAUUAUCCAACUUUCCCUUUCCACUCUUCCCGAAUCCCGAUCACUUCACCCAAAAAUCUCUCCUUUUUCCUUCGAUUUCCUCUGAAAAUAUGCAGAUCUUCGUGAAAACCCUAACCGGCAAGACCAUCACUCUCGAGGUCGAGAGCUCCGACACCAUCGACAACGUCAAGGCCAAGAUCCAGGACAAGGAGGGAAUUCCGCCGGACCAGCAGCGUCUGAUCUUCGCCGGAAAACAGCUCGAAGACGGCCGAACCCUCGCCGACUACAACAUCCAGAAGGAGUCCACUCUCCAUCUGGUUCUUCGUCUCCGCGGCGGCGGCGGUGGCGCUGACCAUGGGGCUUUUCGCAGCCAUCUACGUCCCUUGUCUCCUCAUCUUCUGAUUUACAAGCCGCAGCUCUCUUCGACCCUUUCUAUUACCAAUAGAAUCUCUGGAGGUAUAGCCGCUGUCAUGAUUGUUGUCGCUGCUUUGGGAAUCACUACCAAUUCUUAUCCGAUUUUUCAGAACUUUUCUCAAUCGAAAAGAAAGGAUUCUUCUUAGACCAGCAAUGUCUGAUCGCGUCUGAUUUCGGUCUGUUUCUGUGUUAGCCAUGGUUUCUUUCAUGUUUUCUGUUAAUUCGGUUCAAUCGGAACCAAAAUGAGACUCGUUGUUUCGCAAUCGUAAUAAAGAUGACAUUUUGCUAUUU